CCCUGGCCCCCGGACCAGCCCUUAUCUGAUCCCAGCUCCGGGUUUAAGAGUCCUGGCUCUGCCCGUCGCUCAGCUCGGUUCCUCACUCCUGCCCGCCCCGUCCGUCCGUCCGUCCGUCCCGCUGCCCAUCCGAGGGACCACUCCACCCCGGACCGAAGAUGACAUCGGUCGCCAAGGUGUAUUACAGUCAGACCACGCAGACGGAGAGCCGGCCCCUCGUGGGCCCAGCGGUCCGACGGCGCCGAGUCCUGACCAAGGACGGCCGCAGCAACGUGAGGAUGGAGCACAUCGCCGACAAGCGCUUCCUCUACCUCAAGGACCUGUGGACCACGUUCAUCGACAUGCAGUGGCGGUACAAGCUGCUGCUCUUCUCGGCGACCUUCGCGGGCACCUGGUUCCUCUUCGGUGUGGUGUGGUACCUGGUCGCGGUGGCCCACGGGGACCUGCUGGAGCUGGGCCCCCCCGCCAACCACACCCCCUGCGUGGUCCAGGUGCACACGCUCACCGGGGCCUUCCUCUUCUCCCUCGAGUCGCAGACCACCAUCGGCUACGGCUUCCGCUACAUCAGCGAGGAGUGCCCGCUGGCCAUCGUGCUCCUGAUCGCGCAGCUGGUGCUCACCACCAUCCUGGAGAUCUUCAUCACGGGCACCUUCCUGGCCAAGAUCGCCCGGCCCAAGAAGCGCGCGGAGACCAUCCGGUUCAGCCAGCACGCCGUGGUCGCCGCGCACGACGGGAAGCCCUGCCUCAUGAUCCGCGUCGCCAACAUGCGCAAGAGCCUCCUCAUCGGCUGCCAGGUGACGGGCAAACUGCUGCAGACCCACCAGACCAAAGAGGGUGAGAACAUCCGGCUCAACCAGGUCAACGUGACCUUCCAGGUGGACACCGCCUCCGACAGCCCGUUCCUCAUCCUGCCGCUGACGUUCUACCACGUGGUGGACGAGAGCAGUCCCCUGAAGGACCUGCCCCUUCGCAGCGGCGAGGGCGACUUCGAGCUGGUGCUGAUUCUCAGCGGGACGGUGGAGUCCACCAGCGCCACCUGCCAGGUGCGCACCUCCUACCUGCCCGAGGAGAUCCUCUGGGGCUACGAGUUCACACCCGCCAUCUCGCUGUCAGCCAGCGGCAAGUACAUAGCGGACUUCAGCCUCUUCGAUCAAGUAGUGAAAGUGGCCCCCCCUAGUGGCCUCCGGGACAGCACCGUGCGCUACGGAGACCCAGAGAAGCUCAAGUUGGAGGAGUCGCUGCGGGAGCAGGCGGAGAAGGAGGGCAGCGCCCUCAGCGUGCGCAUCAGCAACGUCUGAUGGCUGGUUUCCCACCUCCCCAUCCCUCUGGUCUCCCCGAUGUUGGCGUCCUGGGUGAGGGCUGUUACCCGGGCUCACCGGAGAGUCCCAGAAGCACCCAUCCUCCACUCCCUCUGCUUUAACCUGGCGGCCUGCGGCUAGGCGAGGCCAACCGGAGUCCGAGCUUUCCUUCCAUCGUCCCCUUCACCUCCCCGACUUCCGCCCGAAGCACAACUCCCUUACGACAGGAUGGGGGAAGGGGAGGGAAGAUCAGGCUGAAGUGGCUUAGAAUGCCUCAGCCAUGCUUGGAGACUCACGUUAGGAGGGCCGCUCCAGUUGGAUGGAUAGACUCCCCCCACCUCCCGUUUGGUGGCUUGAGGCUGGAGCCCCCACCCGCCUCUAAUUUCCCACGCAGCUGGUUCCCUAAGACAAAACUCUGAUAGUUCUUUUGGGGUCUGUGCCCUUAGAAAGAUGGGAAUCUGGAAUUCAUUUAUCCUGGGUUCUCUACCAAGCCCUGUUGAGAGAAGUCAGGGUUUUUCAUAGGGUGGCUCAUUUCUGCUGGCAAAUUUGGACUAUAAUCUAGAGCCCUGGUCACCAGUUUUCCUCUUUCCAUUCUCUCAAGUGGACCCUCUCUUCCAAUACCCAGUUCUUUCAUAGCUGCCUCUGCUCCCAGGAACUGAGGCUGACCCAGGAAACCUGCAACGGUCACACCACACCUGCACCCAUCCCGGAAUCUGAACUCUCGGUGUGGAGGGACUAAUGCAGAACUCUUGUCCAAGACCUUGACCCUACUCUGCACACAGCCCUGGAUUUGAUUCCCUGUGACCUCUGGAUGGGAUGAGCCUUGCCAGUAUGUUCCCAGGUCCCACAGAAAGGUCUGGAAAUGAUGUUCCAGAUACUUACAGGGCCCAGAUUCCCUAGGAAAGUGACAUCAACCCCACCAUGCAGGAGGAGUAAAUUCUCAGAUUUCCAGACUGCUGUAUGGAGCCUCUGGGAAUUAGGGGUGUUUUAUUAGGGCUUGGGGCAGGGCAGAACUCU